AUGGGGGAAGUCCUAGCCGGGGGCACGGCGAUCCUCAGCCUUCCUGGCGUUUUCAUGAGCUGUGUCCAAUGCUUCGAGCUGAUCCAGCAGGCCAAGAACUUCGAGCGGGAUCUUCUGAUACUGACGACGAAAUUCAGUAAUCAACAACUUCGAUUCACCAAGUGGGGCGAAGCGUGCGGGUUUGGCUCGCCAGGUGGGUACCACCGAGGGCUGGAUGAGCCGGUGCUCAAGUCCCAUAUCGGACGCACGUUUCAGAGUAUUGAGAUCCUGCUUGAGUCGGGAGUGAGGAUUGUUAAGAAACAUGAGGGCGAUUUGGCGGGGCAGGAGGCCGUCGUAGCGGUGCAAGCUACGUUUCCGAAGUGGUCUUUGACUGCGGUCACGCGACGGCUCAGGAAAAGUCAACAGGCGAAGGGUUCGUUGGCUGUGGCCAAAUGGGCAAUCGCAGACAAGAAACAACUCGACGAGAUCGUUCGACAUCUGAAUGAUCUGAUAGGUGAUCUCGAGUCGCUCACCAAGGACCUGGGGGUUUCAGAGCGACAGAGAUAUCUCGUCCAGUACGAGAUACAGAGCAUUUCGGACACGGCAACGCUGGAGCUCAUUGAGGAGUCA